AUGUGUAACAUAUCACUUAUCACUGCCAUGUACACUAUCUUUCGACCACAUAUAAUCUUGCUGCCCAGAGUGGACAUUACUCCGGAUGUGAUGAAGGACCUGAGAUUUGAUGCACUAUCUGGAUUUUUCACUGUUCUUCCAUCAACACACACAGGCUUAAUUCAGCUCUCUUCAGCUCAUCAGGUCUGGAUGUGA